GAUACAGAGGAGAAAACGCCAAUUAGGCCACAAGAAAACUGAAAAUGCAUGAAAUGGAGGACAACGUGACCAAGAUCAGCGCGUUUUCUUCUGACAACUCCAGUGACUUCACAGACGGGACUCAGUCAGGUCAGAGUCUGGUGUUAGUCGCAGGUGUUCUUUGCAAAGUGUGCUCGGAUUCGAGCAGUGGGAAACACUACGGAAUCUACGCCUGCAACGGCUGCAGCGGCUUCUUCAAACGCAGCGUGAGGCGAAGACUCAUCUACAGAUGCCAGGCUGGAACUGGAAGCUGCCCCGUUGACAAGGCUCAUCGGAACCAGUGCCAAGCCUGUCGACUGAAGAAAUGUCUGCAAGCUGGAAUGAACAAAGAUGCCGUGCAGAAUGAGCGACAGCCCCGAAGCACAGCUCACGUUAGCUUGGAGUCUCUGGGUCCGGACUCCAGGAGGGAGCUCCUGGCCACCACCCAGGAGAUCCACACCUCCGCCACCUACUCCUCCAUCGCCAGCGCUGCCACAGUCCAAGCCUGCAGCUUCCCCAACAGCCAUCGCUUCAUGGUCAGCCUACUGACCGCAGAGACCUGUGCCACACUGGAGCCAGGGGACGUGGAGGAAAACAUUGAUGUCACAACCGAUGAUUCAGCCAGAGCUCAGACCUCCUCUGACUGCCUUACGUCACCGUACACCUCCACCUGCGCAGAGACCGUGUACGAGACGUCGGCGCGUCUCCUCUUCAUGUCGGUCAAAUGGGCCAAAAAUCUGCCCGUUUUUGCUCACUUGCCAUUUCGCGACCAGGUGAUUCUUCUUGAAGAAGCGUGGAGUGAGAUGUUCCUCUUGUGUGCCAUCCAGUGGUCGCUGCAUAUGGACAGCUGUCCACUUCUGACUCUGCAAGACCUUCCGUCCACGCAUCUGUCCAGGAUCGGCCUCCACGCGGCUGACAUGCACAUCCUGCAGGAGGCGUUCAAUCGCUUCAAGGCGCUGGCGGUGGACCCUACUGAGUUUGCCUGCUUGAAGGCAAUUGUGCUGUUCAAGCCGGAGACACGCAGCCUCAAAGACCCGGAGCAGGUUGAGAACCUGCAGGACCAGUCUCAGGUGCUGCUGGGUCAGCACAUCCAUUCAGUGUACCCCAAUCAGAAUUCCAGGUUUGGAAGACUCUUACUCCUGCUACCAUGCCUCCACUUUGUGAGCUCUGAGAAGAUAGAGCAUCUAUUCUUUCACCGGACUGUUGGCAGCACACCGAUGGAGAAGCUGCUCUGUGACAUGUUCAAAAACUGAACCAGUAAUAACUACCUGAAUGUACAGUGCAUCACUGAGGGAUACAUUGGGUAUGUAAUGUUGUAUAUGUGACUGCAUGUUAGGUAUACGAUUAGCUUUGAAAUAUAGAGGGAUUUGCUUUGUUGCUUUUGUUUGGAAAAUACUAGGUUUCAUUUUCUAACGUGGUAAUUUAUCAAAAGAUUCAGAUUUGUUUGGCAAAUGUUUUAACUAUGUAUGCCAGUUGCUUUAGCUCCUGUUAUUCUUCUCUUCUUCUUCUCUGCUUUUACUGUUGCUUAGUAAUAUAUUUGUAUACUUAUAAAAACUCUGAACUUUAGCCUAUAGCGCUGUGUUUUAUAAAGACUGCUGGCUCCUACAUUUCUAAUAAAGCCAUCUGAACUGGUUGUCUGUAAA